CAACAACCUUGUUUGGUCAAUCUACGACAGCAUCGUCCUCUGACACAAGAUGAAUUUGCGCAGCCGAUAGCAGCAAUCACACACACAGCCAUGGCCAAACCAGUUCCAUCGCCGACACCACAGCCGGUGGAUCAAGGUGGCUCAUCGCUCUCCUUCACACAAGGCUUCCUUCUCGGCCAACUCUCUAUCGCCCUUCUGAUCUUCUUCUUCAUAAAGUUCUUCAUCUUCGGCGAACCGCCAUCCGCUGACGACCGCUCGCUGCACCUCAAUUCGCUCCGCCGCGCACGAACCCUCGCCCACCAGCAGUCCAUCACAUCAUUGAAGACGCGCGCAAACUCGACAUCCCUCUCCUUGCGACACCAGCCCUCGCGGAGCAUUAUAAGGAAAGGCGAGGAGAGUAGAGGCGGCCCCAGCAUUGCGACGAUUCUGGCCAAGACGUAUUACAAUGUCAAGGGCCAUCAGCCAGAAAGCUUGGAUUGGUUCAAUGUACUCAUUGCGCAGACGAUUGCGCAAUUGAGGGCGGAUGCGAGACAGGAUGGCGCAGUCCUCACAUCACUGACCGAGGUGCUGAACUCGGGGAGCAAACCAGACUGGAUUGGAGAGAUUCGCGUCACAGAGAUUGCCUUGGGCGACGAGUUCCCCAUCUUCAGCAACUGCAGAGUGAUGCCUGCCGAGGAUGGCUUUUGGUAUGGACCAGGAGGCACGGGGAAUGAGGAGGGACGACUGCAGGCGAGGAUAGAUGUCGAUUUGAACGAUGUGAUUACAAUUGGUGUGGAGACGACCCUCAACUUGAACUGGCCGAAGCCCAUGUCUGCUGUCCUGCCUGUCACGCUCGUAGUGAGCAUCGUCCGCUUCUCAGGAACAUUGGCUGUAUCCUUCAUACCUUCUUCCUCCCCGCAAGCGGCCGCUACAUCGCCAACAUCAAAUACGAGCCCAAGCUCCGAUCCAGAUCGCCCCACCUCAUCCUCAUCCAACGCGCCUCCUCAUCGACCAACCACGCUAGCCUUUACAUUUUUAGACGAUUACCGACUCGAUCUCACCGUCCGCUCCCUCGUCGGCUCGCGUUCCCGCCUCGAAGAUGUGCCCAAGAUUGCACAGCUCAUCGAGUCCCGCGUACACGCCUGGUUCGACGAGCGCGCCGUGGAGCCACGCUUCCAACAAAUUGUCCUCCCUUCGUUAUGGCCUCGCAAACACAACACCAGAGGCGGAGCUACAGACGACGCAGACGUUGCAGUAGAAGAUGAUGGCUUUGAUGUCGGAGACGCCAUACAACCAGGAGGCGUGGGUGCAAGAGCGGAACCAACAUCCUUCAUACCCACGUCGGCAACGGCCUCGACGCUCGAAGCGCGCAUAGAAGCCGAGGGUGCACUUUUACGCGAAGCAGAGGUCAAAGCUGGGGAGCGGCGACCCGGUGCCUUGGGCUUAGCACAAGAGCGGACCAACAGUAGAAAUGACAGCAUGGAAGGCAUGCGGCGGAGAGGCGACCAGAGAGGCGACCAGAGAGGCAGACCAGCAGAGCAAACUAGACCGCGGCUCACGAGUAGAAUCAGCGGAGGAUUGCCUGGGGCCAUGCCGGGUGCCAUGCCACGAUGAUGAUAGAUAACGUUCCACAUGCCCUUGUAUAUAAGUGUACAAUAUAGGCCCACCAGCGGCAUUCUCUCUUGCAUAGCAUAUACGAAAAGACCACUCAAGUUGCGAUCAGAC